AUGUUGCCAGUUGACUUACCUUCUUUCAAGAAAAUGUUGCCGUUUGAUAAAGUGUUGGCGAAUCACCCGGGACCAUUUUCCUGUUCCUAUCAAGCCGAGCCAACCCCCGUCACAAAAAGAAUGGAGAAGGAAGACAUUCAGGAUAUGAAGGACCUGUGCACACAUUUGAUGUCGAUGACGUCAUCGAAGAUGACGAGAAAAUGGAGUAAAUGGUGUGAGUGA